GCUCUCCAGUGUCCAGGGACUGCUGUGGAUAGACCACAGGCAACGGUGGCUGCUGCCCUCCGUGGAGAUCCUCAGCCCGCCUUGGUUUCCGUGUCCCUGAGCCCAGAGGCAGCGAGAGAGCCCGCGCUUCUCUGGCUGACCUUCACAGAACUUCUUGAGCAGUGGGUUUGUGUGGUGGUCAGUUCAGGCUCCAUCUCAACUGCCCCUUUAAUGCCGUAAUUGUAGAGCCUGGAGCUCAUGUGGGUGGCCCUUCUGCAUCCCCGUUCUCUGGUGACGUUCCCCUCUGGUCAGCUGUCCCCUCCGGUCAGCCGUCCCCUCCGGUCAGCCGUCCCCUCUGGUCAGCUGUCCCCUCCAGCCCGCUCUGCCGCCCGCUCAUGCCUGGGUCAUCCUUGGCCUGCUUCUCUUGGUGGGUUUUUCUCUUUGCUUUUCAACACGUGGGGCUGUCCCUGGGAGGUGGAGCCCUCGCUCAGAGGACGUCGGGCCUGUGUGUGGAGGGACUGCGGAGGCUCCGAGGAUGCGGUGUCCCUCGUCUUUCUCCUGCUGGGGACCAGAGCAGGGGCUCUUCCCCUUGACCAAGUCGGAGCCUGAGAGGAGCCCGGCUGCGGUUUGGGAGGACUCCUCUCCCUGUCCCUCUCGCUGGGGUCCAGUCUUGCCCCCUCGCUGGGAGCCAGCGACACUCGGUGGCGCGUCCUGAACUCUGGUCCUUAUGCCUGGGUUUGGCCUGGACCCCUCUCGGUGGCAGAGUUCACAGCGUCCCGGAAGGGAGAGUGACCGGCCCUUCUUUCCGUCUCCGCCCCUCCCGCCCGGCCAGCCUUGGGCUGAAGGUCUGCGGUCUCUGCCUCUGGAGCCCAGCGAUGGCUGAAGUGUCCUGUGGUUUCUCUGCACCUGGUGUGGGUUGUCCAAGGACCAGUCCUUUCCCGAGUCUGGAAGGCAGUGGGGUCCCAGAGGAGGAGUGGCUUGGGGUGCAGUCUGCCGAGGGCAGCGGUCCCUCAGCCCCGGCACCUCUGCUGGGGGCUCCAGGGUCUCUGAUACUUGCCAAGAGGUGUCACCGCUGCCUUGUGUUUUGCUCUCUUCUUGGUGGGAGCAUUUUUCUGCCUGGGGUCACUUUGGCCUGUCCUUGUGAACCACCAGGAUCUUACUCAGAUCAUCCCUAUGUCCUUCUGACAUGGACCCGUGGUCAGGGACAACUCCUUCCUUUACGCUGUGACAAGAUUUUCACGCUGCUCUGGCAAAUUGGAUUUUUUGUUGUUUGGUUUGUCCUUUGUCUCAGACACGGAAUCAGCCACAUUUCCUGUGACGCCCGGAUCCUUCUAGGGGAACCUGUACCCGGGGUCACACGCAAGUGCAGGGACGUAUUUUAAAGCUAACUUACAUGGUGAGUGUCUUGGUCCAUUUUCUGCAGAGUACCUGGGACCAGGUCAUCCUUAGAGAGCAGAGACUUAUCUGUCCAGGGCUCUGGAGGUGUGAAGUUCAAGAGCAGGCCCAGCCCUGGCCGGGACUCCAUGCACAGAAGGUGGACGGAAGGCCAGAGAGGGCUGGACUCCUUCUCUAAUCACCCCGUGUUGCAGGACAACCCCCCUCCCUGGAUAAUGGCUUACUCUGUGUCCAUGUCUCUUCUGGUCCAACCCUAGCAUGGGCAUGAAGUGUCCAGUGCAGGAGCUCUGGGGGCCAUUGACCAGGCAGUGGGUCCCAGGCGUUGCCUGCUGUCCUGCAGGAUGGGUUCCGCUUAGCCUCCUGGUCUCAGGACCCUGCCCCUCAGCAGGCCGCAGCCCUCGGCCCCAGGAGCGGCCCCCUCCCGUGCUUUCUCCUCAGUGUCCCCGUGCAGCUUGCUCCGGCCCUGCUGUGUGCUGAGGCGGCCCAGACCCUCACCCACAGCUGUGCCUUGUCAUUUGAGAGGAUCCCAGGGGGACGUGCCGUCCAGUCACUGUGAUAGGCUGUCGUUUGCUGCCACCUGGGUGUGUGCCAGCACCCUGGGCACACCCAGGCACCUUUCUUUAAAUCUGGUUUUGGUGUCAACGGCUGCUUUGGAGGUCUUUAAUUCUGGUUUUUAGUUGUGGAUGUUUGUUUAUCUUAAGGUUGAGUCUGCAAAACAAGUGCCAUCCGUGGAGGCCCAGCACCCCGUCCUUGCUCCCUGUUCCCUUCUCUGCUUAGGUGACGUGGAGAGCAGGAGCUGCCGCUUUCUGAGUGCUCCUGGGUCUGGCAGCCUCGCAGAAUGCACCAAGGGCCCCGAAUGCAGGUCUGCAUGUCCCUGUUUACAGGUGGCGAUCAUCGCGGGCAACUUCGAGCUGGCAGAAUACAUCAAGAACCACAGGGAGACGGACGUCGUGCCCCUUGUGCCAACCAGGAGGCCAGUCUCUGGGGCUCCUCCUUAUACUCAUCGCCCUGCCGUUGGCUGGGCCCAGUCCUGCACCGUGGAUGAGCCCGCUGGCCUGUUGCCUCCAGCCCCGGGCUUCCACAGGACCUGCAGCGGGGAGCAGUCCCGUUGGACCGGCAGCGUGCCCUUCCGAGAGGCCCCGGCCUACUCCAACCGCAGGCGGCGGCUCCCCAACACGCUGGCCGCCCCCCGGGUCCUGCUGCGCUCCAACAGCGACAACAACCUCCAUGCCAGCGCACCCGACUGGGCCGUGUGCCCCACGGCCACCGCCCACCGCAGCCUCUCGCCCCAGCUGCUGCAGCAGAUGCCCAGCAGGCAGGACGGCGUGGCGAAGAGCGUGGCCAGCUACGCCCCCGGGCCCCGCAGCCGCUCCCCGUCGCUCAACAGGCUGGGCGGUGCCGGCGAGGACGGCAAGAGGCCGCAGCCACACUGGCACGUGGGGCCGCCUUUCGCUCCUGGUGCCAGCAAGGACUCCCUCCCGGCCUUCGAGUACCCGGGGCCCAAGCGGAAGCUCUACAGCGCAGUGCCUGGGAGACUCUUCGUCGUCGUGAAGCCAUACCAACCCCAAGUCGAUGGCGAGAUCCCCCUUCACCGUGGAGACAGGGUCAAAGUUCUGAGCAUCGGCGAAGGUGGCUUCUGGGAAGGCAGCGCCCGCGGCCACGUUGGGUGGUUCCCGGCCGAGUGCGUGGAGGAGGUGCAGCACAAGCCCAGGGAGGGCCAGGCAGAAACCCGCUCGGACCGCAGUAAGAAGCUCUUCCGGCACUACACGGUGGGCUCCUACGACGGCUUCGACGCUUCCAGUGACUGCAUCAUCGAGGACAAGACGGUGGUCCUGCAGAAGAAGGACAAUGAGGGCUUCGGGUUCGUGCUCCGAGGGGCGAAAGCCGACACCCCCAUUGAAGAGUUCACGCCAACACCGGCGUUCCCAGCCCUGCAGUACCUGGAGUCCGUGGACGAAGGCGGGGUGGCCUGGCAGGCCGGGCUGAGGACCGGGGACUUCCUGAUCGAGGUCAACAACGAGAACGUCGUCAAGGUCGGCCACAGGCAGGUGGUGGACAUGAUCCGCCAGGGAGGGAAUCACCUUGUCCUCAAGGUCGUCACGGUGACCAGGAGUCUGGACCCUGAGGACACUGCCAGGAAACAAGCUCCCCCACCUCCAAAGCGAGCGCCGACCACAGCCCUCACCCUGCGCUCCAAGUCCAUGACCGCAGAGCUGGAGGAGCUGGCCUCAGUGCGGAAGAAGAAGGAUAAACCAGAGGAGACGGUCCCGGCCCCCAAGCCCUCCCGCACGGCUGAGAGCAUGGCCAUGGAGACCAGAGUGGCCACCAUCAAACAGCGGCCCACCAGCAGGUGCUUCCCAGCAGCCUCAGACAUGAACUCUGUGUACGAGCGCCAGGGGAUCGCUGUGAUGACACCCACAGUUCCCGGGAGCCCGAAAGGCCCGUUUCUGGGCCUCCCCCGAGGUACGAUGCGAAGGCAGAAAUCCAUAGACAGCAGAAUCUUUCUAUCAGGAAUAACAGAGGAAGAGCGGCAGUUCCUGGCCCCUCCGAUGCUGAAGUUCACCAGAAGCCUGUCCAUGCCGGACACGUCCGAGGACAUCCCCCCUCCACCGCAGUCCGUGCCCCCGUCUCCACCUCCACCCUCCCCCACUGCCUACAACUGCCCCAAGUCCCCAACUCCGAGAGUCUACGGGACAAUCAAGCCUGCGUUCAAUCAGAAUCCUGCUGCCAAGGUGUCCCCCGCCACCAGGUCUGACACAGUGGCCACCAUGAUGAGGGAGAAGGGCAUGUUCUACAGACGAGAGCUGGACCGCUACUCCCUGGACUCCGAGGACCUCUGCAGCCGAAGCGCGGCCCCCCAGGCCACCUUCCGUAGCAAGCGGGGCCAGAUGCCCGAGAACCCGUACUCGGAGGUGGGGAGGAUCGCGAGCAAGGCCGUCUACGUGCCGGCCAAGCCCGCCCGGCGGAAGGGCAUGCUGGUGAAGCAGUCCAAUGUGGAGGACAGCCCCGAGAAGACAUGCUCCAUCCCCAUCCCCACCAUCAUCGUCAAGGAGCCCUCCACCAGCAGCAGCGGCAAGAGCAGCCAGGGCAGCAGCGUGGAGAUCGAGCCCCCGGCCGAGCAGCCCGGCCAGCUGCGGCCCGAGGACGGCCUGGCCUCCAGCAGCCCCUUCGCCGCAGCCAUUGCGGGGGCUGUGCGUGACAGGGAGAAGCGGCUGGAGGCCAGGAGGAACUCCCCAGCCUUCCUCUCCACGGACCUGGGGGAUGAGGACGUGGGCCUAGGGCCGCCUGCCCCCCGGAUGCGGCCCUCCAAGUUCCCAGAGGAGGGUGGGUUUGGCGAUGAGGACAGUGCAGAGCUGCUGGUGUCGCCCACGCCGGUGGCAGCGCCAAGAGAGCCCGAGAACCAUUUUGUGGUUGGUGGCGAGGCCGGUGCUCAGGGUGAGGCCGGGAGGCCCCUGAAUCCCGCAUCCAAAGCCAAGGGGCCCGAGGGCAGCCCAGCGGCAGCCCCCAAGAGCAGCAACGCCGUCAGCCCGGAGAACUACGUCCACCCGCUCACCGGGCGCCUGCUGGAUCCCAGCUCCCCACUGGCCCUGGCACUCUCCGCAAGGGACCGAGCCAUGAAGGAGUCCCAGCAGGGGACCAAGGGGGAGGCCCCCAAGGCUGACCUCAACAAGCCUCUCUACAUUGAUACCAAAAUGCGGCCCAGUGGGGACACUGGCUUCCCUCCCGUCACCAGGCAGAACACCCGGGGGCCCCUGCGCCGACAGGAGACGGAGAACAAGUACGAGACAGACCUGGGCAAGGACCGGAGAGGUGGGGACAAGAACAUGCUGAUCAACAUCGUGGACACGGCCCAGCAGAAGUCAGCCGGCCUGCUGAUGGUGCACACUGUGGAUGCUGCCCAGCUGGGCGGUCCCCUGGAGGAGGAGGAGGAGAGAGAGGACAUGGACGUGACACUAGACCACCCGCCCUCCGCGGUGCCAGAAGGUGUUUCCGACACCGAAGGUGCUUUACAGAUCUCCGUCACCCCCGAGCCCGCCACCGUGCCCGGCAGGACCAUUGUGGCCGCGGGCUCCAUGGAGGAGACGGUGGUCUUGCCAUUCCGCAUCCCUCCCCCCCCCCUGGCAUCCGUGGACUUGGAUGAGGAUUUUGUUUUUACAGAGCCAUUGCCUCCUCCCCUGGAAUUUGCAAAUAGUUUUGAUAUUCCUGAUGACCGCGCUGCUGCUGUCCCCACUCUCACCGACUCGGUCAAGCAGAAGAAAACCGAUGCCCCUCCGUCCCCUUCGUUGAACUCCAGCCAGCCAGCCAACCCCGCGGACACCAAGAAGCCAGCCGGCCUUUCCAACUGCCUGCCCGCCUCCUUCCUGCCACCUCCCGAGAGCUUCGACACUGUCGCCGACUCUGGGAUCGAGGAGGUGGACAGCCGCAGUAGCAGUGACCACCAUCUCGAGACAACCAGCACCAUCUCCACGGUGUCCAGCAUCUCCACCCUGUCCUCUGAGGGCGGGGAGGGCGUGGACACCUGCACAGUCUAUGCAGACGGGCAAGCGUUCGUGGUCGACAAGCCCCCCGUACCUCCAAAGCCAAAAAUGAAGCCCAUUAUUCACAAAAGCAAUGCACUUUAUCAGGACGCGCUCCUGGAGGAAGACGCGGACAGCUUCGUCAUCCCCCCACCUGCGCCCCCGCCCCCACCGGGCAGCGCCCAGGCUGGGCUGGCCAAGAUCAUCCAGCCAAGGACCUCCAAGUUGUGGGGUGAUAUCACGGAGGUCAAAAGCCCGAUUCUCUCAGGCCCAAAGGCGAACGUUAUUAGUGAAUUGAACUCAAUCCUGCAGCAAAUGAACCGAGAGAAAUCGGCAAAGCCGGGGGAAGGACUGGACUCGCCGGCAGGGGUCAAGUCCGCCAGCCUAGCUCCAAGAAGCCCAGAGGUCAUGAGCACCGUCUCAGGGACUCGGAGCACGACAGUGACCUUCACCGUCCGACCUGGCACCUCGCAGCCCAUCACCCUGCAAAGCCGGCCCCCCGACUACGAGAGCAGGACCUCAGGAGCGAGACGUGCCCCCAGCCCCGUGGUCUCGCCAACCGAGAUGAACAAGGAGAUCCUGCCCGCCCCGCUGUCGGCAGCUGCCGCAUCUCCUUCUCCCACACUCUCGGAUGUCUUCAGCCUUCCAAGCCAGCCCCCUGCCGGGGAUCUAUUUGGCUUGAACCCAGCAGGUCGCAGCAGGUCGCCAUCUCCCUCCAUACUGCAGCAGCCAAUUUCAAAUAAGCCUUUCACAACUAAACCUGUGCACCUGUGGACUAAGCCAGAUGUGGCCGACUGGCUGGAGAGCCUGAACUUGGGUGAGCACAAAGAGACCUUCAUGGACAACGAGAUCGACGGCAGCCACCUACCAAACCUCCAGAAGGAGGACCUGAUAGACCUCGGGGUGACGCGGGUCGGGCACAGGAUGAACCUAGAGCGUGCUCUCAAGCAGCUGCUGGACAGAUAAGGCCGGCUGCUCCCGCCCGGACUCCCUGUUAUAAGUAGAGAUGGGCUCACGCUGGGAUCUGAAGGCCAAGCGGAGUCUGAGCAUCAACCCCGCUCCAUGGGUUUGUCUCCUGGUACCCAAAGAAAUGCUGCGGGCGUCCGUGGUGUGUCUGAGCCGAGGCCUGGAGGCCUGGCUGUCCACAUGGGGUUCCUGGGUGGCUUCUGUCUCAAGGGGACAGGGGAGGGAGUUCCAACACGGGAAGAUUCCCAGCCUACCUCCCAGCACACAGGCAGCCUCGCUUUGCUGGGUCCACGAGGCUCCGUCGGUUUGGCGCGGGACCCCUGCUCUCGUAGGCAGACAGCGUACUCCAGAUACCUCCUGAGCCUCCCUCCUCUGCUUCCUGGGCAGCUCUCAUCACCCCAGGCCCCGGCACAAGGCCUGUCCUCAGUCCUGUGGCUUCUCGGAGGACACUCCGAGCUCACUGGCUCCCACCUCUUCCCCGAACUUGCGUGCAGUGAGAUGCUCCCAGAGGCUUGUGGGUGCCCUUCCUGGGCCUGAAAGGUAGAAAAACGCUUUUCCCUGUCCAGAUCCUGUACCCAUCUCCUCCUGUGAUGUGCCUCCAUAGCUCUUCGGCCACGAGGUUCUUGGCAGUGGUGGGCAUUUGAGUGGGAUCGUGCCCGGCUUUGCUUAGCUUUCUUUCUUUAUUUCUGCAAAUCUAUUAGCAUAAUUCCAAGGUGGCCAAACAGAUGUCACAUGGAGUUAGUCAAAGCACAAAGUCACGAUCCCCAGGAGGAAGGGAGGCCUGGCCAUGGGAACCAGCCAGCGUGCAGCUGCCUGGGACCCCAGCCUCCUCCGGGACGCGAGCGGCUGCCUGCCAAAGAGCGUCUGCGUGGGCGGAGAGGGGCUCUGCCUCUUGGAAGCCUUUUCACUGAAGGCCUGUUGAGCUCUGCAAAGGCCAGAACAGCUGAGCACCCACUUCAAUGGGAAGGACAAGAAGACACGUGGUUUGUGUGGGCAUGUGCCCCUUGGGGGAGCCAUGUCCUCUCUGGGAGCUGGCAGGGCACUACGGCCUCACUAAGCCCGGCCAAGGGCAAGUGUCUGGGCUAAGCCAGCCCUUUUGCUCUUGGAGGCUGGGGAAAGUGGCACUCAGGGGCUGUUCACCUCCUCUCCAGGAGUCCAGGAAUCCCACCAGCUUGUCUUAACAGUACAAUGUGGUCUUGGGACCCCGUGGGCAAGGACUGUGGCCAGGACCAGGGUGAACAGAAGGUGGGCUGCUGGGUGUGGGCGGAACAUGGAUGUGUGCAGGCAGUCAGGGGGAGGGAGCACUCUGGCCUGUGGUCGGAGCCUGCCUGCUUCCUGCCCGAGCCCGCGUCCUGAAACCAUACCUCUAGCACCUAAGGGAGGCCACCCGUUGAACACGGGCCACCAGACAUCACCAGGCUUCCCGCACACUCUCCCAUCUUUGGAGGAGACAUGAAUGUCAGGUUUGGUUUUAUUAUGAUUUCAGAACUAGCCCAGCCCAUCUCUAAUUAUAGAACAUGGUUUUUCCUUUUUUCUUUAUGCUCACGACCACGUGUCUGAUGAGGUCUGGAACUCUAGAAUGAACACGUGAACUUUAGUAAUUUAAAAAUCUUUCUUUACUGCAAGUUUAAAUAGGUGUACAGAUAGUUUAUAAGCACAAUAUUUUAAGAAAAAAAGUGGCUGGUCUACUAGGCAGCCUUUGUGCACUUCAGUGCUAGAAAGUUAAAGAAAAAACACUUUUGUGAUUUAAUGAUACUAUUUCUGUGGAAUAAUUAUACAAGUAUGACCUUUUUAAAUCAAACUUAUCUGGAUGCAUCUGAACCAGCAGAGCUGUGUUAUAUUUUCUAUAUUUGCUAGAACUUCAUCAUUGAAGGAUGAUUAUUUCUUCAAAAGUGGUUACAAUUCACACUAAACAGUUUCCUCCAAAAACAAAGGCAAAACACACCCCACACACGCACGCGCGCACACACACACGCCCUUGAUCUGGAAACCCAGGCUGGGCCUCCUGCGCUCCAGACCCUCACAGGUCCAUCUUUAUAAUCUGACCCCUGGGUGUGCCUGGUUGCUGCGGCUCUCUAUCCCACGGCUUUGGUUUCCAACUCAAGGUGACCCACAGUGCUCUAGAGAAACCCAGCCCAGACCCACAGCGCCUGCCAAGGCCUUUCAGAUGUGUCUCCCGUUUGUGAUUUUAGAAUGUCAGCACUGCACUCGCGGGGCCGCUCCUGGCCUGCGGGGCCUGCCGGCUGUGCUCAGUGCCAGGCAGAACACAAGGCACAAGGCCUGUGGCUCUGGGCAUGCGGUCACUGGGCAAAAAGACAGAACAAGAACUCUGCUCCCUCAGAGGCUUCCAGCCACGGCGGCUGGUCAGAAGCAAGCUCCCUGACAGCCUCAGGGCCGAGAUCAGUCCCACCUUCGCGCCGUCUCAUCCUAGGAAUAGGAGCCCCUCUCAGACCGGCCCGACCCACCAAACACGCCUGCUGCCACGAUGAAUCGGCCUCUAGCUCUCUUGGAUGACUUUGCUAUAGAAAGCAAUAGUCCCUACUCCAAAUUGCCGCCCACUGUUCUCCCCCUUUGGGACACGUCAGGACCAGGCCCUACCCCGGGAACAAACUUAAACUGCUCAUAUAAUGAUCAUGUUAAUAGUACUCCAGAUUUUCAGAUCAACUUUUGUUAUAUACUGUAAUUUAAACAAACUGCAUUUACAUGCCCAGUUUCUGUAAUAUUAUGUAUACAAACCAAAAUCUCUCCAGAUGUAAAUUAUGUAUACCUGCCAAGAUACCUUCUCCAGGACGUUUGUGCACAUUUUAAGUUAAUCCAUAUAAUAUAAAAAUAACUCGAUGUGACUGUUGAUUUGCUGAAUUUACACAUCACAAAGUGAAUUAUUUGUGGUACUUUAGUUAAUAAAAUGGUGGUUUUUUUCCUGAGUUAUUGAACAAGCAAGCAUUACCCAGUUGAUCUGGCAAUGACUUCUCUGUGUGUAGGUCACCAGUACUGAUCUUCCCAUUGGCAGUUUGUUUUUGUUUUUUAAAUACCAUGUCUCCCACUACAGUCUGUGUAACCACACACAUUCACACCUCCAUGUUGCUCUUACUUUUGUGCUUUAAUUCUUUUUAGAUUUUAUUAAAAAACAAAACAAAACAAAACAAAAAGCUCCUGUAAUUUGCACUUUCUCCCAAUCCUUCAAUCACUUGUACGGCAACCAAAAUUACUGUAAAAAAAUAAAUAUACUAUUGCACUAA